AUGUCCGAGGAGUCCGUCAAGUAUCGGUUUUAUCAAUAUACCCCUAAGUACUGGGUUGCAGUUCAUUAUGCAGUAAUUUUCUUUAUCCUUGCCAUCGUUGAAGCAUAUUUUGUGGUUUCCAUAUAUGUAAAGUUUAGAGGUCGGAUUAGAUCAAAGAAGUUGAGGAGGUAUUGCAAUGUCAUGAUCCCAUUUUUCAUAGGGAUACUUUUGGAGGUUAUUGGAUUUACCGCCAGGGCUUUUUCUUGCAAGAAUCCAGAAACGCUUAUGCCAUUUGUGAUUCAAUCUGUCUGCAUUUUGAUAGGGCCAACACUUAUUUUAGCAAGCACUUACAUGAUCUUUUGCGAAUUUGCAAGAAGUCUUGAUGCUGAAUCUUACUCGAAGGUACCUUUGUCGUAUCUUUCUAAAGUGUUUGUCACUGGAGACAUAGUAUCUCUUUUUGUACAAGUAUGUGGUGGUGGUUUACAGGUUGUCCAGUCUGAGAGUUUACAAAAAUUGGCUAGAGUCUUGGUCAUUUUAGGAGUUAUUGUGCAAUUACUUUUCUUUACUGGGUUUUGUUAUGUGCUUUUAAGGUUUAUCAUGAAAAUCAGGUCAAACCCUACUAAAGUGUCAAACACAUUGGAACUGUCGUUUCCGAACAUAGGUAACUGGAAACACGGAUUAAUGGUGUUGGGUUUAAGUUGCAUUUUGUUGAUGGUGAGAUCUGUCUUCCGUUGUGUUGAAAUGAUUGAGGGUUAUAAUGGUCAACUUCAGUCAGGAGAGGUAUAUCUUUUUACCCUUGAUACUGCCAUGGUGCUAGUUACAAUUUCUUUGCAUUUGACUUUCAACUGGACCGGCUACUUUUGUCGCGUUCACCACUUUUAUAGUUCGGUUUUUGAUGAUGCUGAACUUGAGAGUAUUGUGAAUUGA